AUGUUUCCUGAUGGUGAUUGGAAUACAUUUAAUCCAACAAAUUCAUUCGAAAAUCCAGAAAAACGUUUUGUUAAUGUAAAUGCUAUUUUAACUGAUUCAAAUGAUAAUCCUUGGGUUGUUGAUUCUGGUCUACUUGGAAGUCGAACAUUUGUAAAUGGUUCAAAAUUUGUUAAGAUUAAUCUUAAUACAAAUAUAGUUGACCAAAUUUAUUACACAUCAAGUUUAAAUCCACCUCUAGGAUUUGCUUUAAAUGAUGUUAGAAUUGGUUCUCGACAUGCAUAUUUAACUGAAUCUGGUUUAGGAGAUAAUAUAUUAAAUAAUGAAAUAAAUGUAUUUGAAGAACAUUGUGAUGCCUUACUUCAUUUAGCUCAACGUGAAACAACAAUUUAUUCAUUACUACAGCAAAAAUUACCCGAUAUAAAAUGUCAAUAUUUAACAAUAAAUAUUCCAACUGUUGUUGAUGUAAAUCAUUUUUGGGCUCAAUAUAUUGAUCGAGAAACCAAUGCUCAAAUGAAACAAAUAAAUGAAAUCUUAUCUCGUCAAUUAAUUCCAUUAACAUUAACAUCAAUUGAAAUAGGAAUGAUGUGUGCUGCACCAUUUAUUCUUCAAACAACAACAAAUCAAUUUGUUAAACCUUCUCAAUAUUAUCGUGCAAGAAUAACACAUAGAAUUGAUAAUGUUACUGUUGAAGUUUUCUUUGUUAAUUGGGGAAAUACGGAACAAAUUCCUAUUGAUCAAUUACGUAUACUUGAUGCAUCAUUAUUAAAAAUCGCUCCUCUUGUAUAUAAAUGUCAAUUACGGUCAAUUCGACCAAAUAUCGCUCGUUAUCCAUUAAAUAAUUGGCCAAUUCAAGCUGUUAAUUAUGUUUGUUCACUUAUUCUUGAACAUCAAGUUGAAGCUGAAAUAAAAUCUAUUGCUCGAUAUAUUGUUAACUGUGAUAUUUUAUUAGAUAUACAACUUAAUAAUCGAAAUCAACAAAAACCAAAUGAAAUAGGACGGACAACACUUCGGCAAAGUUUAAUUAAUAAAGGUUUUGCUGAUACAUCAAAUGAAGAAUAUAUUUUUGAAGUAAAAAUAAAAUUUAUUAAUUUAAUUUAA